AUGGAAUAUGGGAGAAGGGGAUGGAAUCUGGGAGAAGGGGAUGGAAUCUGGGAGAAGGGGAUGGAAUCAGGGAGAAGGGGAUGGAAUCUGGGAGAAGGGGGUGGAAUCUGGGAGAAGGGGGUGGAAUCUGGGAGAAGGGGAUGGAAUCUGGGAGAAGGGGAUGGAAUCAGGGAGAAGGGGGUGGAAUCUGGGAGAAGGGGGUGGAAUCUGGGAGAAGGGGAUGGAAUCUGGGAGAAGGGGAUGGAAUCUGGGAGAAGGGGAUGGAAUCUGGGAGAAGGGGAUGGAAUCUGGAAGGAGGGGAUGGAAUUUGGGAGAAAGGGAUGGAAUAUGGGAGAAGGGGAUGGAAUAUGGGAGAAGGGGAUGGAAUCUGGGAGAAGGGGAUGGAGUCUGGGAGAAGGGGGUGGAAUUAGGGAGAAGGGGAUGAAAUCUGGGAGAAGGGGAUGGAAUCUGGGAGAAGGGGAUGGAAUAUGGGAGAAGGGGAUGGAAUCUGGGAGAAGGGGAUGGAAUCUGGGAGAAGGGGAAGGAAUCAGGGAGAAGGGGAUGGAAUCUGGGAGAAGGGGGUGGAAUCUGGGAGAAGGGGGUGGAAUCUGGGAGAAGGGGAUGGAAUCUGGGAGAAGGGGAUGGAAUCAGGGAGAAGGGGGUGGAAUCUGGGAGAAGGGGGUGGAAUCUGGGAGAAGGGGAUGGAAUCUGGGAGAAGGGGAUGGAAUCUGGGAGAAGGGGAUGGAAUCUGGGAGAAGGGGAUGGAAUUUGGGAGAAGGGGAUGGAAUCUGGGAGAAGGGGAUGGAAUCAGGGAGAAGGGGAUGGAAUCAGGGAGAAGGGGAUGGAAUCUGGGAGAAAGGGAUGGAAUUUGGGAGAAGGGGGUGGAAUCUGGGAGAAGGGGAUGGAAUCUGGGAGAAGGGGAUGGAAUCUGGGAGAAGGGGAUGGAAUAUGGGAGAAGGGGAUGGAAUCUGCGAGAAGCGGAUGGAAUCUGGGAGAAUGGGAUGGAAUAUGGGAGAAGGGGAUGGAAUCUGGGAGAAGGGGGUGGAAUCUGGGAGAAGGGGAUGGAAUCUGGGAGAAGGGGAUGGAAUCAGGGAGAACGGGAUGGAAUCUGGGAGAAGGGGAUGGAAUCUGGGAGAAGGGGAUGGAAUCUGGGAGAAGGGGAUGGAAUCUGGGAGAAGGGGAUGGAAUCUGGGAGAAGGGGAUGGAAUUUGGGAGAAGGGGAUGGAAUCUGGGAAAAGGGGAUGGAAUCUGGGAGAAGGGGAUGGAAUCUGGGAGAAGGGGAUGGAAUCUGGGAGAAGGGGAUGGAAUCUGGGAGAAGGGGAUGGAAUCUGGGAGAAGGGGGUGGAAUCUGGGAGAAGGGGAUGGAAUCAGGGAGAAGGGGAUGGAAUCUGGGAGAAGGGGAUGGAAUCUGGGAGAAGGGGAUGGAAUCUGGGAGAAGGGGAUGGAGAGAAGGGGAUGGAAUCAGGGAGAAGGGGAUGGAAUCUGGGAGAAGGGGGUGGAAUCUGGGAGAAGGGGGUGGAACCUGGGAGAAGGGGAUGGAAUCUGGGAGAAGGGGAUGGAAUCAGGGAGAAGGGGGUGGAAUCUGGGAGAAGGGGGUGGAAUCUGGAAGAAGGGGAUGGAAUCUGGGAGAAGGGGAUGGAAUCUGGGAGAAGGGGAUGGAAUCUGGGAGAAGGGGAUGGAAUUUGGGAGAAGGGGAUGGAAUCUGGGAGAAGGGGAUGGAAUCUGGGAGAAGAGGAUGGAAUCUGGGAGAAGGGGAUAGAAUCUGGGAGAAGGGGAUGGAAUCUGGGAGAAGGGGAUAGAAUCUGGGAGAAGGGGAUGGAACCGGGGAGAAGGGGAUGGAAUCUGGGAGAAUGGGAUGGAAUCUGGAAGAAGGGGAUGGAAUCUGGGAGAAGGGGAUGGAUUCUGGGAGAAGGGGAUGGAAUCUGGGAGAAGGGUAUAGAAUUUGGGAGAAGGGGAUGA